AUGCUACGUCCACUAGGCCUAUUGCGGGUAGUCUACUCAGGGCGAGAUGUCCUGGUCUACUUUUUUGGGUCGUGGUCGGUCUUGCUUGCUGUUGGAUCGACGAGUGUUGGAGGUCGUAGGUCGCUGGGGCUUCUCGCCGCCUUCAGUCGCUUUGGGAACAUACGCGACACGUUGAGGAGUAGCGUUGCGUUGGUUGCCACCGUUCUGUUCCUGUUGGUCGGGAGUUUUGGGGUUUCGGGGCUGGUACACCUUGCGUGGUUUGUGAGGCUUGUCGCCACCUUCGCCGCCGGCUUCCCGCGGCGAGUUCUUGUUGCGACGGUUGCCAGAAUGCGGACGCGACUUGUUCGUUUGGGGCGCCGCAACGGGUACCUUCUCGACUACAUCAACCACAACAAACGUUUCUUCUUCGCUGCGUACAUCCGUUGCAGCGUCGGAGGGCGUGAUGGUCGCGUCGUUGUCGAGCUCGGAUUCCGUGAAAAAGUUGAUUUGAGGGGCGACUUCCACAACAACCUCCUGCUUUGGAGCAGGUCGCGGCGCCACCAAGUGGUCGACGGCUUCCGACAAUUGCCGGUACGACAUGUCGCAUGCCAAGAUUUUGUCGCUCUUCAACACAUAUCGCUUUGCUUCUUCGAGGGAUUCCGCGAGGUUUUCAGGAAACGACACUUCAGCAGGUGGGCGGGUGCCACCGACGAGAACUUUGACAAAGUAGUCCAAAGCCAUGGGCACGUCGUGGCCAAGCGCUUGAUGCAAGCUCACGGCAUGCAGAAGUUUCAAGACGGAGUGCACAAAUUCCAACUUUUCGUCGUCCAAAUCGACAGCGUUCACAAUGGCAUUUGUGGCCGACGUCGCAGAGUCCACAGACGCAGCCUUGUCCUCGUCGUCCAAAUCGUCGACCGGAUCAUUGCCAUUGUCAGACACGUCUUCGUUCAAGUGGUUCAACGAGGAUACAUCCCCUUCUUCCGAAGGCGUCACAACAGCCACAUCCUCAUCGUUCUUGGCCUCGGGCGUCGUGUUCGCAGCAGGCGCCGCAAUCACGGUCUCGACGAAUUGUUGACGCAACGCUUCCAGUUCGCCAAUCAUCUUGUCGACAAAUCCCUUGUUCGACAGCACCUCCAGCUGCUGCUCGUUCAAUUGCUUCGAUUGUCCUUUCAACGAAUCCUCCAGCGCCUUGAUCUUUUCCUGUUUCUUCUUGAACGAGCGCAACUUUUUGUUCAACACGACGGCAUAAGGAUGGUUCAACGACGCAUAGUCCACGACGACCUCCUCUUGCUUGGCAUUCUGCUUGCCCUUCUUGGCACCAGCAUCCUUCUUCUUUGUGGGUUGAGCGUCAUCCUUCAAGGUUGCGUUGCGAGCCAUUCCCAUGCUGUGACGGUCUGUUUGUUGGACGGACUUGUGAUGAGAUCUCGGCGAAUUUGA